UCUCGAAAAAGCCGGUAUCACAACAAACAAAUAAACGAAUUCGUAGUAAGAACAAAUUGACUUUUUUGUUGUACAUACAGCAUUGAAUACAACCUUGAAAAAAAAACCAUCUGUAAAUUUUACAACAAUUUCGGCUGUGAAAUGUCACGCGUGGACCGCCGCGCAUCAAACGUUAUUGUUAUUAUGUGAACCGUAAAUUUUUUACAAGACUUCUUUUUCGAUUUUACUUAUAAAACCACCUUAUUAAUAUUAUUAUUAUUUUCCCAUUUACACCCAACUCUACGUUUCGCGGGGGGCUUAAAUUUAUCACAACCAUGAAGUGCAGCAAAUUAAUAUUUUGGUUUGUAUUUGGAGUGUGUUGGUUCGACGGAAAUUGUGAUCAAAUUCAACAUCAAUCCAACACCGAACCGGAAAAACCGAGGAAUAAUGGAAAUAUGGGGUACUCAUUGCUUUCUAGGUCUAUGUCUAAAGUUGUAGAAGAUUCACAUGAAAGUUGUUACGUUGAUGAUUUCGAUUGCUUAUUUGGAGCCUCAAAUGAUAAACCUGGAUUAGAGGCUAUUCGAGCUUUACAUCAACAAUUAGAUGAUGAUGCUAAUGGUGACAUUGAUUUAACUGAAACUGGUGAUUUUUUGCGUCAAGAUUUAAAAAUUGAUUCUGGUUAUGAAAAGCGUCAAAAAGCAUUCCAUCAAAACGACGAUAUGCAUAUUUCCGUUAAAGAGCUUUGGGAAUCUUGGUUAAGAUCGGAAGUCCACAACUGGACUGUUCAGCAAACCGUUGAAUGGCUCUCUGUUUGUGUGGAUUUGCCGCAAUAUGUUCCAAAUUUUAUUCAGAAUAAGGUAACUGGAGCUGCACUUCCAAGGUUGGCUGUAAAUAAUAUGAACUAUCUAAGCAGUCUAGGCAUUAAAGAUCCAAUACACAAGCAAAAAAUCUCGCUCAAAGCAAUGGAUGUGGUAUUAUUCGGACCGCCUAAAGACGGUCAUAAUUCUUGGAAAGAUUUCGUUGUAAUUUUAUUGAUUAUUGGUGGCGGUAUCGGUUUUUGGUACGGUUACCAACAAAACAAACACUUCAAAAAGAACAUAACGAGGAUGUGCACGGAAAUGGAGACACUUCAAAACGCGGAAACGGCAUUAAGAAAACUCCAAAAAGAAUUGGAAGAAGCACGACAAGCUCAGGAACAUGUUACAUCAGAAAAACAAAAUUUAGAGCGACGUUUACAAGAAAGCGAAGCCGAUCCGAAUUCUUUACAUCACUCGAAUUCCGACGGCGAAGUUUCACAACUUAAACAAGAAAUUGAGAUGUUAAGAAAUGAAUUAUUAAUAGCUGAAAGUAAACUUCAACAAGCUCCUUGUUGGUCCCCACCGGUUGGGUUACAACAAUGGUUACAAUUAACGCACGAAACUGAAAAUAAAGCUUACGUUAAAAAGAAAAUGCAAGCUGAAAAGCAAUUACAGCAUGCAAGAGAAGCUUGUGAAAAAUUGCGUAAAAAACGAUCAAGUUUUGUGGGAGCUUUUGUAAGCACCCAUGGUAAAUCAAUAGACGACGUUGAUAGAACGAUUGUGGAAGCGAGAACAGCGUUAAAUGAAGUUACCCAAGAAUUACAAGAACGAGUUCAUCGAUGGAAACAAAUUGAGAGUUUGUGCGGAUUUAAUAUUAUCCAUAAUAAUGGUUUACAAUCGUUGGAAACGGCGUUGUAUAAAGGACUAAAUGGUCGAGCUUUUGGUUUAUUAAGAAAUCGAAUUAGCAGCCAAGAUGAUUUGGACGAUGAAACCAGCUCCGUUUAUACUUCUACACCAGGAGCCGUAGAUUCAUGGCCGCAGCACAGUUGGAGAGAGGCGGACUCUUCCGGAAGCGAAGCCAGUAGACAAGACGAUGACUAUUUCGAACCAAAACAAACUACCAAUACAAAUACUGUUAAUUUCAUCGUUGGAGGGGACGUCACUAACUGGUCUGAAGAUAUUUCACCUUUAGUUCCUAAACAUACCCGAAUGUUAUCUCAACCAGCAUCCCUCCGUAAUCCAUCUCUUAAUAAAUCUUUAUCGACAAUGACACGUUCGUUUUCUCAAGACACCAACGUUGGUAAUGUAACUUCCUCUGAAGCCACAUUGCCACCAUCGAAAACGUCGCAUUCAGAACCGUCUUUGGAUCAUAUGGAUCGACGGAAACCGAAGAAAUUACACCAUAUUAAACAGCAGACGAUUAGGGAGCAUACGGGUUCCACUGAUGACGUUUGUUCGACGGAUUCUUCGGUUAUCGAUGAAGAAAUUAAGCGGAAAAAGAAGAAAUUUUUUUCGUUUGGAAAAACCAAAAGCGACUGACCUCUGAUGAUUCGUUUUUUUUGUUGACUUUUUGGUUUAUUUUUUGAUCUGGUAAAAAAUAAGACAAGUACGUUCGGG